AUGGCCACCGCAUACGUUCAGCCCGCUGCUGCAAACUACUUCUCUCCUCCUACUCAUGCUCCCCAGAAACAAAGGGGUUACAGAUUGUGCGACCAAUGUGGUGCAGUAGAGCAGCCGACUACUGGUCGCUUCCGUCUUUGCGGUGGAUGCAUGGUUACCCAAUACUGCUCACAGGAGUGUCAAAGGAGUCAUUGGCCAUCACAUAAGGCGAUUUGCCAACACACUGCCGCGUCCAAAGCUGCUGUGACCCAGCAAGGCGCACUAGACGAGAACCUCGUCAAGAACCUCCGAAAAUUCGUCUCCGGACACUCCACUCUGCUCGGGUGGGCGGGAUUCCAAGCGCUUCAGCUGAAGCGCAUCCCUUCAAAUAUUCGCCAGAACGCCCUGCUUAUCGAGCUAUCAUACCGUCCUUCCGGGCCAGAUGCUCUCCGCCGAUUCACCAUCAAGGGCACGCACAUCGUCCCCCGAACAUAUAUUACCGAUAACGACCCACUCGUCGGUCAGGACAUCGCACGUCGCGAGGAACGGUGUCGCCGCAGCGGCGGGAUCGGCACCGCGGUUAUCCUCGUACAGUGCGGCGAUGUCAGCCAGGUGAUGCCGGUUGAGGUUGAUGCACCAAACAAGAUCUCCUGGGACUCCCGGGACGAUUGGACGGAUGUCCUCCGUCACUUUGUCGAGUCCGGCCGGACAGAUUUCAAGCCGAUAUCAACUACAUCAAGAGGAAUCGUGUACGGAUAA